AGCUCAAUCCGCGGGCCCAUCGCAAUUCGCAACCCGAACCAACUCUUCACUCCCUUCUCUACCGAGCUCCGAGUUCCGACCCCGAGGCGAGGGGGAAAAACCAGACUCCUCGCUUCCCUCCCUCCUCUCUCGUCACCCCGUCGCCAUCCUGUUGCUCGAUUCGAGGGCGCGAGCCUUCCCAUCGCCCUUUCCUCGCCUAGCCAGCGGCGCCAAUCCCCGCGCUCGCACCUAGAGCGCCAAACUUCUCCACGGUGGCCCUUCCUCCGCGGCGCCCGCAGGUGGGCGAUGCGAUCGGAUGAGUUGGCGGCGGCGGCGGCGGAGGAGGAGCUUCGUGGAGAGGAGGAGGAGGGGGGCCUUGUGCUUUCCCGCGGCGGUGCUGUCCCCGCCGCAUCCGCCCCUAGGAGCCGGUGAUGGCCCCGACCGCGGAGCCGUCUUCGCCGCCGCCGCAGCGGCGCCCCCGCACGGGCCCACCCCCGGGGCUGAAGAACCUCGGCAACACCUGCUACCUCAACAGCGUCCUCCAGUGCCUCGCGUCCACGCCGCCCCUCGCCACGUUCUGCCUCGCCUCUCGCCACUCCAUCCUGUGCAAGAAGGUGUUCCCGAACAGGGACAAGGAGUGCGCGUUCUGCGUGCUUGAGCUGCAGAUCGCCCGGCUGCUUCGGGCGGAUGCAGGGGCACUCGAUUCCCCAGCAAAGGUUAUCCGCUGCAUGCCCCUAUUCGCCGAGCACUUCAGGUGGGGGCGCCAGGAGGACGCGCACGAGUUCCUCCGCUAUGUUGUGGAUGCCUGUCACACUGCUGGCCUCCGCAUUCGCAAGCGGCUACCUGCAGCAGGUGCCAGUGGUAACUGUGGUGAGGAUGGCCGGGCACAGGCGGCGUGUCUGGUUAUGAGGGAGACAUUUGGCGGGGCAUUGUUGAGUCAAGUGAAGUGCCUUGUGUGCAAGGGAGAGUCUAACAAGACUGAUGAGAUAAUGGACAUCAGUCUCGAUCUGCCUGGGAGCAGUUCUGUUGCUGAUGCCCUUGCCCGCUUCUUUCAGCCGGAGAUAUUGGAGGGCGCAAACAAAUAUAGCUGUGAAAGAUGUAAAAAGCUCACCUCAGCACGGAAGCAAAUGUUUAUGCUGAGGGCACCUAAGGUGCUUGUCAUACAACUCAAGAGGUUUGAGGGGAUAAAUGGUGGAAAGAUCAACAGGAAUAUAGAAUUCAAGGAGAUACUUGGUCUUUCUGAUUGCAUGUACAAUAAAAAUAAAAACCAGACUAUAUCAGUUAUCCCCUUGAUUGAUAUGACAUAUAUCUUGGCUUGCAUGGAGCUGCAGGAUCCGCAACCAGUAUAUAAUCUUUUUGGUUGUAUCGUCCACUCAGGGCUCUCCCCAGAGUCUGGUCACUACUAUGCCUAUGUUAAGGAUUCUAUUGGUCAAUGGUUUUGUUGUAACGAUUCUCAUGUCUCCCUAUCAAGCUCUCAGAAUGUUUUGUCUGAGAAGGUCUAUAUCCUAUUUUAUAUACUGAAUUCAAAAACUCAAAAGCCUAGUACAAAUGGUUACUCUUCUACUGCAGUUAAACCUUUCAGCACCAAUGGAAUUGGCAUAUCAAGCACCUCAUCUAGUGAGACCUCGAAGAUACCUUUGGUAAAACAGAAUGGCAUAUGUUCUACCAAAGAUAAUGUACUGAUGCCCUUGAAGAAUGGAAAAACUGCAUCAGGUCCACUUAUCAAGCCGAUUCACUUUAAGAAUAGCGCAGCAGAAAAGGUUAUGUCAAAUGGCAAAGUAAACCUCACUUCAAAAAUUAAUCCAGAGGUCAAUGAAACUGCUAAAUCAUCAGAAUCAAAUGGGUACAAGACUGGACAGUUUGCGGGACCCAUUAAAAAUAAUGCUGAUAAUACUAUUUCUUGUGGAGAGAGAGGCCAACAGUCAGAAAGAAUACUGCAGGAUGCAAAUGGAAAUGGCCAGCCAAGAACACUGCAGGAUGCAAAUGGAAAUGACCAGCCAGGUCAUCAUUCCCAGUAUCUUGGUGGGACCAGUAACGGCAAUGCUAUGCCCGCUCAACAAGAGACCAGUAAUGGCAAUGCCACGCCCUCUCAACAAGAGACCAGUAAUGGAAAUGCCAUGCCCACUCAACAAGAGACCAGUAAUGGCAAUGCCACGCCUGCUCAACAGGAGAUCAGUAAUGGCAAGGCCUCACAUGCUGAACAAUAUUCUGACCAGUCAUCUCAUGCAAACUCUUCAGGAAACAAACGCCAAUUUGAAGAAGAUAAGUUUCAGGAAAUGCUCGCUAAGUCAGCUAAUUCUGAGCUUCGGCUGUCUGUAUGGAUGGAUGAUGUCUACAAUUUUAUGCGCUCGCAAAAGAGGCGUCGGAUUCAAAGUUCAGACAUUUCUCAAGAUUUUGAUACAAUGAGAAAGCAGCUAGCAUCAGAUGCUAGAAUAUUUAGGUCAAAAGUUCCGGAGUCACUGAUAGACAAUCUCAUCAAACGUCUGAGAUCAUACUUUGAGGGCAAAUAUUCACCAAAUGCCUAGUUUUUCAUGCGGCAGUUCUUCAGAAGCUACUAGGUGUCAAUUGGAUCUUGGUGGUCAACUCCCCAACUCCUCGCGCGGCUUAUUUUUGAGGACAGUUUUGUUUUCUUUGCUGAGAUUGAGACGAGGAGUUCUAAGUUGCAUGUACAAUAUCUUUUUUGUUGUUAUCCCUGAUGUUAUAGGCACCACGCCACCAUCCCCACUGCUUAUCUGUCUAGAAUGUAGGAGAUACCUCUUUUUCUCCCUUUGUAAGAUAAUAUAGCUGGCAGAUUAAAGCACGAGUUUAUGUUGUUUUUGACCCUUUACAAAUGUAUUUUCGCCCUGACCAGUCUCAGUUUUGGUCAAUGUUCUGUUAUGGGGGUCGAUUCGACAGCUAACAUUUUUAGAUUUUGACAGUCUCCGGAAGCAAAUUGACUUGAGAAUAUAAUUAUUUAUCAUUCUGAUGGCAAA